GGGGGCAGUGUUAUUGCAUGACUCAUCUGAGCAUGCGCGUGACGAAAACCCGGAACAAGGAAGUACCAGCUAAAGGUGGCGAUAUUGUUUAGUGACCGUUUAAAUUUUGCAUCCUGAAUGCGCAACAAAUACUUUACAUACACCUACAACCUCUUUGCUGAUUGCUCUGCACCCGUGGCGCAGGUCUUUUUGCCUGUGGAGAAAUGUCGUCCGGCAGAGGAGGAUCCAGGAUGUUGGUUGUAGCCGCAGUAGUGACCGUGUUUCUGCUGGAUGCUGUUGUUUUUGUACAAGCUAAGAACUUUGAAGAUGUUCGCUGCAAGUGCAUCUGCCCUCCAUAUAGAAACAUCACCGGCCACAUCUAUAACAAAAAUGUAACCCAGAAAGAUUGUAACUGCCUCCAUGUAGUGGAGCCGAUGCCGGUGCCUGGCCGUGAUGUGGAAGCGUACUGUUUGUUGUGUGAGUGCAAGUAUGAGGAACGGAGCAGCAACACCAUCAAGGUGACCAUCAUCAUUUACUUGUCUGUCGUGGGCGCGCUGCUGCUCUACAUGCUGUUUCUGCUGCUGGUUGAUCCACUUAUCCGCAAACAUGACCCUUACACUCAGCCACUGCACAACGAAGAGGACUCUGAGGAGAUGCGUCCACCGGCAGACAGUGCCCAGGCCAGAGGAAACACGGUGCUGGAGCGGGUUGAGGGAGCCCAGCAGCGCUGGAAGAAGCAGGUCCAGGAACAGCGCAAGACUGUUUUCGACCGCCACAAGAUGCUCAGUUAAAAUCCUGACUUCAAAACCAGGCGUAGAGUAGGUAGCGUCCCGCCCGGGCUCAGCGCUAUUGCACCGUCACCAGCUGCACUAUUAGGAACCUGUUUGUCAAUCAUCUUUGUCUCACUAAGAAAGGACCAGUGUGUAGGAUUUAGAAAAUAACAUAAAUCUAGAUAAAAUACGGUAUUCACAUUUAUGUUUUAUUUAGUACAUUAUCACCUGUAGCUGUGAUACAUUUAUUUAAAACCAGAUGAAGCCAAAUGGAAGAUGAGGGACAAACACUGAAGUUGCUUGUUUCUUACUGGUCAGGUAAUUUAGCCCACAUAUAAUACAUGAAGGCUAUAACCUGUAGCGUUAUAGAUUUAUGACCAAACACAUUUUCUAAACUCUCACUCUUGCCCUCUCACUUCACAUAUUCAAGCACUUGACGUGGUUGUGAGACAGUGACAAGACUGUGGAAAUGGCUUUGUCGCUUGGAAAGGGAGGCGAACUCUUUUCCCAUCUGCAGUCUCACUGCUUGAUGCCACUGAAUCUAAAGGCUGGCUCUUUAAACAAACUAAUCUUAAAAAGCAGAUAUUUAAUAUUAAAUCUAUUCAUUAUAUGUCGCACAUCAUGCUAACUUGUAGUUGUGAAAAAAUUGCAUGAUUUGUGUACUUGUAAUGGAGAUCAUCUCAAUAAUUUACAGCAAUUUGCAAUGUGAUGGAUUUGGAGUGUCAUAAAAAAAAGUACAUACUUUUUUUUAAUAUCUAUUUGCUGUGAAUAACUUUUAAGCUUGUGAAUCUAGCUGCUUCUUAAUAUUACAUAAUGUUAACCCAAUAGCACAAUUGCCUAAGUAAUUUUUUGACUUACUGUUACAAUAUCAAUGAAAAAAAAUAACAAUGUACUUGCUACAAAUUGGGCUUUUUCUUGUUUUCCAAAAACACUCAAAUAUGACUUAGGCAGUUAUGUUAUGACUUAACUUAUAGUUAGGCUAAUUUAACAAGGAGUAGUCUGCCAAUGCAAUUUCACAUUCCUAGCUCAGCAUUAAUAAUUUAUUGGUGUAUUUUAUUUCCUCAAACAAAAAUGUGGAUGUGUUUUUUUUGUUUUGUUUUUUUGGUAAUUGCAUCCAGCUAUUGGUGCAUGCAGUAUUCCCAGCAAACAUUUCACAAUAAUAGCACCAGUCAACGGAAAUACUAGAGGGCUUUUCAUUGGAAAUGUUCACAGGAACUAAUAGUAAAAAUAAAAAAAUAAAAACAUCUCUAAUAGAAGCCUGGUUGAAAUAAAGUCCUGCUACCUUCUUUAGCUAAGGCACAUAAAAGCCCUGCUAUGUAUUUGAAGAAAUGCCUGUGUGUGUUCAGUGUCAUUUACACUAAUAGUGUGAUUGAAUGGGCUUUGUAUUUUGGCAGCAUUGCUAUUUCCAGAAAGCCCCGGUCUGUGCCUUUUUCUGUCUCUCUCUCUUUGUUUGGGCGAGAUGUGUUUCACCAAACUCACCGGUGAAAUGGUGGCAAUUCCCACCUUGUAUUUGUAUUAAUUCAUUUUUAAUAGUGAAUUUGCACAGUUUGGUGUAACAUGCUUUCCAUGCAAAGAGAGAAAUGACGAAUGGGGCAUUUGAACAGAGCUUUAAACUCAUCUCCACACAAAUAAGAUGAAGGAGAAUGUCUUAAAUCUAUAUGCUGCUAACAAUGCAUCAUUAUGUGUCAAUGAAUUCUUCCUCGCAUUCAACUACUGAAUCUCCCUUGUUUGGGGGGGUAUAUGGUAAAGAAGGGUGCACUUAGUCACAGUGUGCAAAUAGUGAACUGAUGAAGCUGAAUUGUCUGUGAUGGUUUAUUUAUCACUAAAAUGUUUUGCAUUCUUUUAAUAUAUUGUUUCCUAUCACUGCGGUCACUGUUUUGUAUGUGUUUCUAAUCUCCAGACUAACUGGAGUAUUGUUCAUGUCCGUACGUUUAGCUUGAUGUGAAAUAAAUAAAAAUACAAUGAGGGGA